AUUAUGGCCAAUUAAAUGUUCAGUCCUUUCUUUGUUGCUACUUUCACAGCUUUUAAGAGUGAAAAACUAAAAAAAAAAGAGGGAAUGCUCCUGUUUUAUCCACUCAUUGACUACUCACAAGUCAGUAGUCUUUAGUAGUAGUACUGUUCUUUCCCUCUUUUGCUGGGAAUGUAUCAUGUAUGUUACCCAAAUGCUUUUUUUGUGAUUCUCCAGACACAUUUAUUUAAUGUCCAUAACGAUGACCUCUUACCAUUCAUUUCCUCUAUUCCUCAUCAAAUUGUCAACUUGUACAUCUUUCACCUUCAAUUUUGUCUUCCUGUUUCUGGGAUCUUGAUAUUUGUCCUCAUUUUGUCAUGUUUGACUGGAAGUGUUGUCUCUGUAUUCAGGAAGGAUUAAAAAAUUGUUUCGAAAAUCAAAAGGUGUGACUAAAGGUCUCAAGGUGAUUUUCAAUGACUUUCCCGGAGGGGCUGAGAGUUUUGAGCUCAUGGCAAGAUUCUGUUACAGAAGAGGCAAAUUUGAUGUCAAUCCCUUGAAUUUUUCUGCUUUCUACUGCAUUGCACAUUUCAUGGAGAUGAAUGAAUCAGUAUCCAAUACCCCAAAUCUAGUUGAGCAAACCGAGAAAUCACUUGAAGAAAUAAGGUAUUGGACUUGGUCUGAGAUUAUCUUAGCUUUGAGGCAAUGUCAAGAUCUGGAACCUGUUGCAAGCACUUCUGGCAUACUUAGCAAGUACUUUGAUUCUCUCUGUGGCCGCAUUGCCGCAUCCUGUGCUGAACCAAGUCCGUGCCCGUCGAGUUCUUCGCCUGAUAGCUCUGGAUUUCGGUUGUCAUGUGACACAAGAAGUACUGAGAGUUUGAAAAAUAACUCCUUCAGGGCAACAUCAACAUGGUGGUUUGAAGAUUUUGUAGCUUUAGAACCUCAUUGGAUAGAAAUGUUGAUCAAAUCAAUGGAAUCGAAAAAUGUGGAUCAUGGUAUCAUCAGUAGGUUUCUCUUCUAUUACCAUAAGUCAAGCUUUGCAACAGCCACUACUGAUGCAAAGUGUAAACUAACUGAGGCUGUUGUUCAGAUGCUUCAAUCUCUUGAUCUGAGCCUAGUUUCCUUCAAGAGUUUACUCGGAAUGCUUCGGGUUUCUUCAAAUCUCAACAUAAGCAAAUGCUGCAGGAACCAAUUGGAAAUAAUGAUUGGUUCACUAUUAGAUCAAGCAACAUUGGACAAUCUGCUUAUUCCUUCUCCAGCCGGAACAAAGUAUCUCUAUGAUGUGAAUCUUGUGCUUCGGCUUUUGAAUUCAUUUAUCGGCAAAGAAGCAUGCUGCGUGGCAUUGACUCGAUUGAGAAAAGUUGCUACAUUGAUGGAUCUCUACAUUGCAGAAGUAGCUCCUGACCCUUCUCUCAAACCAUCCAAGUUGUUGGCCCUAAUCCGGGCCCUGCCAGACUCGGCAAGACUAUCAUAUGAUGGAAUUUACGGUGCCAUCGAUAUUUAUCUUGAGGUGCAUUCAGGAUUGUCUGAAGAAGAAAAGAUGAGAGUUUGUGGUGGCCUAAAUUAUGAGAAACUCUCAGCAGAAACUUGCAACCAUCUUACUAAGAACAGGAAAUUCCCAUCAAAAGCAGCUGCAGAAGCUCUUAUUUCCCAGAAAUCUAAGCUUAAAAGCUUGCUGCACGAAACCAACCAGCCGAAUUCUUACAAGCCCUCACCGUCUAGCCUAGUAGGAUCAAAAGGGAAGGCCAAAAAGGAUGAAAGUUGUCAACAGAUUGUGCUCUAUGCCGGAAAGCUCGACAUUUCGACCGAGAACCAGAGGCUGAGAGCUCAUUUGCAAGGUAUGCAAUGGAGAGUGUUGGAAUUGGAAAAGGUGUGCAGGAAAAUGCAAGUCCAGAUGACAAAGAUGAUGAGAUCAAGGUUAUCCUCCCAAAACAAUGCCAAAUCUUUGCCUAGGCUUUGUUCCUGAUUAUGACUUAUCAAUGGCAAAAAAACAAAAAAAAACAAAAAUUCAAAUUCCAUUCCCUUUUAUCACAUUUCAAUAUCUGUGUUCAUAACUUUAACAGACUAUAUAUGCAUUAUUCUUGGCUGUAUAUAGCAGUGAUGAAGGAUUGAAACAGAGAAAACAGAUGGGAUGUAUAUGCUUUGCAGGAACUGUUUAUUCUCUGUAAUAUGUAGAAUGUAGAUAAUGUAGUAGGCUUAAGGUUUGUUAGGUCACUCUCAACAUCAUUCUCAAAGGGGAGACAAUGCAUGAUGCCAUAGCAUAAUGCAAAAUUGAGACUGCUUGGAAAGAGAUUUUUCACUAAGACAGCUGAUAUGACUUCUGAAAUUUUUUUUUAUCUUUUGAUCUUUU